AUGAAUCCCAAAAUCAAUUUGCCGAAAAUUCAAAAAUUAAUCAGUGGUAGAUUGAAGCAGGGCCAAAAGAAAGGAGAGGAAGUACGGGAAGCGAUACCACCAGGACAACCGGGUCGUGCGCAUGUCGUACCAUCCAACGUAUAUUCUUUCACAACGCGCAUGUCAUGUCGUGCAAUGCACUUUUCCUCACAUCUAGAAAGUUCGAACCAACAAGAACUGGCAUUAAGCAGUGGCAUCGCUUACAAUACUAGCUUCAUACAUGAACUGAUCACAGCGGAUGAACAAAAAGAAUUUAACAUUUUCGCGGAUAGUGAACGCUUGGCGGAACUUAAUAGCGCAACAAAACUAUGCCACCGCGCAUACAUUUAA